UUCAAUCUGAUCUGGUCGGAAUCGUGAGCCCAAGCAUUACUGUUGAAGAGAACAUUUGUUCAGCUUAACAGCGCUGAUGGCAAUCCUUUAAGCAUCGAGAAGGGGAAGAAAAUGAGAAUUGCUACCUUAUUUAGGGUUUUGCGGAGUAGAAGCAGAGCGCCAUUAUCACUGCUUCACACUGUUGCUUCACGCUCGUUCUGUCAACUGCUAUAUCGGCCCGAAAGACCUUCUUUUGGGAUCGCUUUUGAUAUCGAUGGAGUUAUAAUUCGAGGCCACACUCCUAUCGGAGGCUCUCAGCAGGCACUAAGAAGAUUAUACGGUGAUUGUGGCAUGUUGAAGAUUCCAUUUGUAUUCUUGACAAAUGGAGGUGGUGUACCAGAAUCUAAACGAGCCUCUGAGUUAAGUGAACUUUUGGGAGUAAACAUUCUACCUUUACAGGUUGUACAGGGCCAUUCACCUUUCAAAAACCUAGCAAAGAGCAGAUAUGAGAAUCAACUCGUUGUUGCUGUUGGAAAAGGGGAACCUGCUACAGUGAUGUUUGAAUAUGGUUUUAAAAAUGUACUUUCAAUAGAUGAGUACUCUUCCUACUUUGAUGGCAUUGAUCCCCUUUCUCAGUUUAAAAACUGGGAAAUUAAUGGGGAAAUUAAAAAGAGGAGCACCUCCAAGGAGAUCACUGCAAGACACAAUAUUUUCUCUGAAAGAGUUAAAGCAGUUUUUAUUGUUAGUGAUUCUGUUGACUGGAGCAGGGACAUCCAGGUUCUCUGUGACAUUCUAAGAACUGGGGGUCUUCCUGGGCGGGAGAAUGGGCAGCAACCACGACUGUAUUUUGCAAAUGAUGAUCUUGAGUAUCAGGGUGCAUUUCCUUCUGAACGUCUUGGCAUGGGUGCUUUCAGAAUUGCACUAGAGAGCAUAUUUAACAGAAUUCACCCUCAUGCUUUGGAGUAUACAUGUUUUGGAAAACCAAAUCCUUUUGUAUUCAAGAACGCAGAAGCUGUAUUGAGACAAGUUCAGCUAUCCUCUCAUCAUGACCAUCAGGCUGUGAAUAAUGGCCUUGCUGGAGGUCAUCCUUUCAGAACCCUAUAUAUGAUAGGAGAUAAUCCUUUAGUUGAUAUAAAAGGUGCAAGACAGGCAGGACACCCAUGGUUUUCUAUUUUGACAAGGACAGGUGUUUUCAGGGGAAAAGAAAAUCAUGCAGAAUUUCCAGCAGAUCUGGUUGUUGACACUGUUGAAGAAGCAAUGGACUAUAUUUUGAGAAAAGAGUUCUCAUGAAGCCUUUGUGUUUUCAUGUUUCCAUUCAUUACUUUCCUUUCCAGGUCUUUAUUUUUCUUAUCCUUUUUUCCUUCGCAAUUUUAAAAUGUGUGCAACUCGUUUGAAAAGUGGAAGAUCUGGGAAGAACUUGAGUCAUAGAGCAUUUGAUAUGCACAAGUAUGGCUAGGUGUACAAGUCAAGCGCCUGAACCUGAUCUGAAGAUUUUCCUCUGCAUUGGUCCUGAGCCCUUGGCUCGGGCCCUAGCAAAUGUUUAAACCCGAGCCUGCCCAAAUUGGACCACUAAGCAUGGGUUUUUAGCUAUUUGUUAGGUGUGCAAGUAGGUAUUGAACCUUGAUGGACCUCCUUUAGUCCUGUAACUCGGAGUUAUUUUUGUGAACCAAGUUGAAUAAAUUAGUACUUUUCUUUUCCUUUGAA